AUGAGUCCGCUCCCUAGCCCUUCGAUCCAAAAGGCCAAUAUGGAGGCGAAAGAGGUAUUGGACAAGGCCACUGCCAAAGUUAAGAAGCCAGCUCGCAAGCGUCUUUCGAAGAAAUACUUGCAGGCACUUCAGCGGCCUACUGCCCCCGCUGGCAAGCGAUACCCAGUCAAGAUCAUGGCAGAUGGACUCGUGAGCGUGCAGUCUGUUCCUGAUUAUCUUGUCAUUGCGUUAGUAGUUCCUCCUACUCCACUGUCGUUUCGAGAAUCACCUGCUGAUCUAUGCGAUAGUUUCCGACGCAAUACCAAAGAAUCGCCGCUCUUGCGUCUUCCUAAGAACGUGAGGGAGAAGAUCUGGAACUACGCACUAUACGAAGGAGCUAUCGAGAUCUACUUGCGGGAGGACGAGCCUAAGCCGUCACCACCUUCGCCUUCUUGCGCAUCGCCCGCUUCUGGUGAAGAACCGCGUGUGGAUAACGAUGGUGAUACAGCUCAUCUUUUCAGUGAGUCUACGUCGGGUUUGGAGUAUAGACCGCCAUUCUAUGGCACCCUCCCGAUUCCUUCUGGCCCCGGAAAGAGGAAGAUCAAGCACGCCUGGAACCUCCCCACCACAAGUCGACAAAUCUACUCAGAGACAGCAACGCUAGUCUACUCCUUGAACACCUUCGUCUUCGCUGGCACGAUCCCCGAAUCCUUCGGCGAACGGGACGGUCCUGAUGGCGCCCUCGAGGGUUGGGCUGCAGAGCGUACUCGCGCCCAGCUGGAUGCCAUUACUUCGAUUCGUCCGCACUGGUUGGACCUCCUUGCGCAGAUCGAUAGUCGCAAUGGCCGCGUUCUCAGGCAGUACUAUCCCAGCUUGAAGACAAUCGUAUGUGCAAAACGUGCGGUUGGGUAUACGUCUGGAUGGGUAGUGAGGGGGGAUUUGAUGAGGUCGACUAAGAGGUCUAGUGCUAGGCUGGAGAUUGAGAGGAAGAUCAAGGCUCAGGAGGGUAGGGAUGUGGAGAUUGUGUUUUGA